UAACUUUUACACACACACAAACGGCACACACUUGUGCUGUUUCAUGGCAAAACAAGAGUUGUUACAUAGUUAUUGCAGUAAUUAAAUCAUUGACCACAUAUAAUUGAACAGAAUGUCGGAACAAAAGUCAAACGGAGAUGCCGAUGAUCUGAACAAUCUGCUCGACAAUGCUUUGCAGGAUUUCGAUAAAUCGCAGAGUGGAUCAAAGACGGAAAAGGCAGUUGCCACAGAUGGCGCAGCAGAAGUCGCCGCCGGCGGCCUCGAAGAUCCCGAUGCAUUUUUCAUCGAACAGGCAAAGAUUAUGGCUGAUAGAAUGAACACAUUGUUCGGUGGUCCGGAUACGCCCAGUGGCGAUAUACCGCCUCUGCCACAGGAUCCGGAUCAGAUAAUGGCUGGCUUUAAGAAAAUGGCCGAGGCGGCCGCUUUAACGCUAAGCGGCGAGAACACUGCCAACGACGAUGAGGUCUCCAAGUAUUCAGAUAGCAUUUCCCAGGCCCUCAAGGGUCUCCAAGAAGGCACCGAAAAUCUGGCUGCACCCGCCACCGAAAAUGAUAUCGCCAGCAUGUUCAGCUCCAUGAAUUUAGAUGUCGGCGGUGAAGCUGAUGGCAAUAGUUUUCUGCCUUUUAUGGAGGGCAUGAUGCAGAGCCUGCUCUCCGCUGAGAUUCUGUUGCCCAGCAUUAAGGAGCUCCUGGAAAAGUAUCCCAAAUAUCUGGAGGAGAAUGACACAAAGCUGUCUGCCGAGGAUAAGGAGAGAUACCAAAAGCAGCUCGAGCUCUACAAGGUGAUUGAGGGGCAUUUGCAGAGUGAAAAAGCGGAUGAUUCGCCCACCGUCAAGCGUGAGAAAUUCCGUCAGGUUCUGGAUGAUAUGCGCAAGCUACAGGAUUACGGGCAACCGCCGGCAGAGAUAUUGGCCGAGACGGGCGGAGAUUUGCCAUUCGGAGAUCCGACAGCAGUCGCUGGCGGCGUCGGUGGUCCCCAGUGCCCCACAAUGUAAUGCUUGUGUGGUAGGGCGCCUUGUCGUUCCUCGUGGAGUGCCAAUGCUGCUGACUGUUGAAUGUUGCACAUUUAGCAUUAAGGACAUCAUCAAUUAUUUAACAUAGAUCGAAGUGAUGGUUUUUUUUUCUGUUCCUCUGGUGGUUAUAGCUCCCUCUUUCUGCUUAAAGAGAAUUAUUUGGUUUUAUAUAAUGCCAGAACUUUUUAAUUAUAUACUUAUUUCUCACACGAAAUACAAUAUAUAUAUAUUAAUAUAUUUCAAUUCAAUUUAAAUUUGAAUUAUUCAACGCCGA